AUGAGUAAGUCAGGUCUAACUCUACACCGAAUCUCACGACACGGGUAUCAACCUACUCAAGCGCACACCAGCCAACGCGACGAAUGCGAAGAAACAGCUCUGCAUCUCUUGAGUUGCCCCGCUCUUCAUCAUCUGCGGGUUCAAUUCGCGAUAUUGGAGGUACCCCUGAUGAAACUAUGCUUUUCUAAGCAGCCCACUCAGUUCCUUAUUGCGGUGGAGCGGAACUACGCUUUUGCCAUAGUCUUCACAACCAACAAACCCCACGUCUCUUUCCUCCUUCCCCGCAAAUUGGAACUGGUGACACCCUCGAUUAUGGAAGCCCUGAUGAAUCGUACUAAAAAGACAUCAGUCGCCGACCAAACAAAGAACAAAAUCCAUUAG